GUGGGGAGCUGACGGCGUGAAGAAUCUCUGAAGUCCAAAAAACCAAAAUGUAACGUGAUCAGUUCCUGCCAGGGGAAAUCGUGCCUUUUAGGGACGUAACGAUCUGCCCGAGUGCCUGAAAGCUGCAGUGGCCGCAGACUCUCUCAAAUGUUCAGAGAUUGGACGAACAAGCACUUCGCCUUCUGCUUUGCCAGACAGGUAGAUUUAGUUGUAAAUGUCUUUAAAAUAGUGUUACUCAUCCAGGAACCUUCAAGCAGCACGGUGCAAGGAACGGCUGUGACUGGCGCAUGGGGCACGUGGUCAGGCGCUGAUUAUGGAUUAUUUGCUCUGCUUUUCCUUUUGCAGGGCAUGCUUUUUCAAAAAAAAAUAAAAUAAAUAAUUUCAAUUUCAAUUUCACACCAAAAUCGUGAUCGAGAUUCGAUUGAUUUUACAGCCCUACACAGCAGCAAUAACAGUGACACCCGAGGUGAUAACCGUGAACUCUUUCAGGGACAUUCUUCAGAAAGGCGGCUCUGCAGUAGAUGCUGCCAUUGCUGCGCUGCUGUGCACCUCCAUCAUUAACCCACAGAGUGCGGGCAUCGGAGGCGGAGUCAUAUUCACUGUGAUGGACAGCUCUGGUAAAGUGAAAAUUAUCAACUCCAGAGAGACUGUCCCCACAACCACGAGCCCUGACCUGCCUCAGACAUGUCCCAAGGACUAUAGCUGGAAAGAAGAUAGCAGAUGGAUUGGGGUUCCUGGGGAAAUUCGAGGUUAUGAAGCAGCACACAGGCUUUAUGGGAAGUUGCCGUGGGCUGAACUCUUUCAGCCGACCAUCAAACUGGCCAGAGAAGGGUUUCCUAUUCCUUAUGUCCAAGGUCUAUACAUCCCACGCAUUGCUAAUACAUCACUACGGGAGUUAUAUUUGGAUAAAAAUGGGAACAUACUUAAGACUGGUGAUAUUGUGAAAUUUGAGAAACUUGCUGACACUUUGGAGACGAUCGCAAACGAGGGACCAGAUGUGUUUUACAACGGAACAAUAGCAAAGAAUUUAAUCAGUGACAUACAGAAAGCAGGAGCAAACCUCACACUGGAGGACUUGGCAUCAUGUAAAGCUAAUGUGACUGAUGCGUGGAAUAUUUCUUUAGGAGAUUAUAAGAUGUACUUCCCUCCACCCCCUGCAGGAGGAGCCAUCCUCAGCCUCAUCCUCAACAUCAUGAAAGGAUAUAAAAUGAACUCAGAACCUAAGAUGACCAAUGAAAAGAUAUUAUUUUAUCACCGUUAUAUUGAAGCUUUAAAAUUUGCCAAUGGAUUAAAGAAACAUAUCAGAGAUCCAGAGUUCAACACAGAAGAAUUCAAACAGAUGACCGAGAAAUUCACAGAGGAUAGCUUUGCCAACCACAUACGCAGCUUGAUCACUAACAAGACUCAUGAGCGCCAGUAUCACAGCAUCACUCCGUAUCUGGAGAGCAUGGGUACCGCACAUGUGUCUGUGCUGGCUGAGGAUGGAUCCGCUGUGUCUGCCACCAGCACCAUCAACCACAUAUUUGGCUCCAGAGUCUUUUCUCCAAGCACUGGAGUCAUCCUCAACAACGAGGUGUAUGACUUCUGUCAUAAAAUUGAUAGCAUCUCUCCUGGGGAGCGGCCUCCCUCCAAUAUGGCUCCAUCUGUGCUGAAGUCUAAGUCAAAGACGCUGGUGAUUGGAGGGUGUGGUGGGAGCAUGAUCACACCGGGAGUGGCCUCGGCGAUCAUGAACCACCUUUGGUUUGGAAAGAGCCUUAAGGAGGCAAUUGAUUCUCCAAUUGUUUAUGUUAACUCUAAAGGUGAAGUAAAGUUUGAAUCCAAGACUAAAAAGGAUGUAGUUGAUGCUCUUGAAGCUAAGGGACAUCAAAUAUUAAAAUUUUACAAUGUCGUUAACUCUGUGGAGAAGGAGAGCGGUGGCUGUAUCUCUGCAUGGUCUGAUGAAAGGAAAAAAGGCAAAGCUGCUGGUUACUGAGACCAACAGUCAGUGAUGUUACAUAUACAGCACAGCUUUAAGGGUAUAGACACUCCUGCAGCCAAGAAACCACAAAGUAAAACAGUUUUCUGACUCUGAGUAAAGAUACAGCUCAUCUGUGACUGCAUCUGAUCUCUUUUCACUAUUCUGUUCAGAUAAAUUGUGCACAUUCUGACUCUUUGCUGCCAUUUCUCACAGGUUAAUGAUGAGCUCAAUAAAGAUCACUGUCCAUGUUUAUUUUUCCAGCUAUGUAUAUAUGUGACUUGAUAGUACACUCAUGUUUUACUUGUGUGUCUGAAAUAGAUUUUUAUACUGAAAACAUAAUGUGGCCAUUAGAUUAUUUAAAUCCCAAAUUUCAUUAAAAGCAGUGCAAAGACAGUGUUGUAAAAACCAGGCAGUGUUAUUACACCAGUGCAUUGGCUGAACUUUCAGCCAAAUUGUUAUCUUAAACAUUAAUAUCUGCAGCAAAUUUCACAAUCAAGAUUCCUCAUUUUAAUCUUAGCAAUGUUUUCAGAAAGUUGGGGCAAAACACAAUGGAGUGCAGUAUUAUGUAAAGCUGAAAAACAAAAAUACAUAUAGAAUACAUUCUUAAAUAGCUUUCGUGUUAGAAAUCUAAGUGCCUUAAACCACCAGCAGGAGGCGACUCUGACCGCCAAAAUAUUCAUUUGUAAAAAGUCUAUUAGAAAAACGGUUAGAGACUUCCUGCUCCAUUCCACCAGUAAACACAUUGUUUAAUUUGUAAAUUUUAGCCCUCAUGACUCCCAGUAAGAGAGAUAAAGUAGGGUACACCUUAGGCAGCCUUAAGUUAUUUACCAGUUGAUUUGUGGUCUUUUAAACAAACAGUUAAGCUCGAUGUCAGACCAACCUUUUUAACAUAUCUGGGAGCCUCUCUUUCCUCCCUCUCAGUUUGCGUCUGUUUCACGCCUUGCGAUUGCAUAGUUUCAGUAACAGCAUCCCGAUGACCGAUGAUCCCGAUCCUCACUGUCUCAAAGUUUGUCUCCCACCCAUUUCUGAGGCAAAAGAGCGAGCCAAGAGAAAAGUGAAUUCAUAGUGGUAAACUUUGUUUUCUUUGAAAGCAAAAGACUGACCCUUUUUUUUCUUGAUUGAGGAAUAAUGACCAAAAGUUUGCUUAAGAGAAUGAGAACAGUUUAUAUCUGUUUGACACUUUAUGACUUCCAGCUGGGCUAAUCAAGGUUUCUUAAGCUUUACCCUUGUUACAACCUCGAUGUUAUUGUGCAUCAAACUAAAACAAGUUAAUGCCCUUGAGUGCAAUUUUGAAUAUUUAACGAUAUCAAUCUUGGUAAUAUAUAAAGUCAAAUUAAUUGCACUAAACAUUAUAACUAAGAAUUAACAAGAUGUAACAGUCAAAAUGCUCAGUUUCAGACUUGAUAAAUGAAACUUCACAGUGUCUACGUUCAUCUUUUAUAUGUAGUAUAAGUGAAACUCACAGUUAUAGAGUCCAACAUCACCGGUGCAGUUGUUGUUACAGGUGUGUCAGCAUCAGCAAAGCGAGAUCUCACAGACUGUUACAGCCAAACAGAAAGAUCAGCUCUUUUUUUUUUGGUCUGAAAAUGCUGAGCCAAAUACUGAUCCUUUUUGUUUUUAUUAGUUAUUAACUAAAAUUAAUUGGUUAAGUUUAAUUCUAAAUUGCCUAUUGGUGUAAAUGGUUGUCUGUCUCUCUGUGUUAGCUGUGCAUCAGAUUGGUGUGGUUCUUGUCCAGGAUGUACCCUGCCUCUCUCCAAAUAAAGAUAAACAGAAGGAUGGAUAUUAAGAUUUUGUGCUCCAUUAGUUUUUCCUGCUAUUGUGUAUAGAUUUUUGUAUUAUGUAUGUAUAUAAUUGUCAUAAAUCAGUGUGUAAUUCUGCUGUUGUGCUCAGCUUAAAAAUUUGUAGGGCAAGCAAGUCAGGGAGCAACAGUUUCCUGACUGUACUUUAUAGCUGCUUUGCGUGUUAUAGUAAAAGGAAGUGAUAACCUGGACUCCAGCUGGAUAUGUUUGUUUUGUAACUGUUGAUGUUGUAUAAAAUACAUUUUAAACAU